AGAAAAGGGUGUUGCAUGAAAGCCAAAGCUCAUUGGCCACUGGUGAGUAGUUCCAUUACACUUGUGCGCAUAUAUCAUCGCUCUCUUCGCCCCUCCUUCUCCCCUUCCGCCCUUCUCUCUCUCUCUGCUUUGCUCUUCUGCUUGUAACUGUACCCACAUGGCUCCUAGCAAAUGGGGUUUCCCUGCUUCUGCUUAGAACUCAAAUUAAGCUGCUGUUUCCACUUAUUCUACAAGCACUUCUGCAAUUGGGUUCUUCUCCAUCAACCACACUGUUAAAAGGGCAUUGUACGGAAUAUUUGAAUUCGAAUUAAGACUGAUUCAUUGCUGGCAUCAUUAAUUUUGGGGGAACAACAUGUCUAUGCAAACUGUGUAUUUCAAAGAACAUGAAGGAAUUGCCCCUAAUCCCAUAGGGCAGUUUUCAUCAGCAUUGUCAGGGCCUUGGUGGAGUGCCUUUGGAUCUCAACCGGUGUAUGGGGAAUCCUGUGGCCAGUCGAAACCUUUUACGAGGGAACAGCCCAACACCGGGGACCAUUUCACCGCCACUAAACUUGCCGGGCAGGGUACUGAACAAGAACUGGAAAAAGGGCACACAAAUCUGUUCACAAUCUUUCCUGGGGAUGGUCAAAAGUCCCAGGCAGCAAUUGGUCCGCCGGGAAAAUACCGUGGUCAUUUUGAGCUUGGAUUCAGCCAGCCUAUGAUCUGUGCAAAAUAUCCAUAUAUGGAUCAAUGCUAUGGACUCUUCUCAGCUUAUGGACCUCAAAUCUCGGGACGCAUUAUGCUGCCGCUGAACUUGACUACGGAUGAAGGACCAAUCUAUGUAAAUGCCAAGCAGUACCAUGGAAUCAUCCGUCGCCGACAAUCCCGUGCCAAGGCUGUCAUUGAGAACAGGGCAGCUAGACUCCGUAAGCCGUACAUGCAUGAAUCGCGCCAUCGCCAUGCAAUGCGCCGACCAAGGGGCUGUGGCGGUCGUUUUCUGAACACCAAGACUAUGAACAAUGGGACCAAGGGAACUGAAGGGAAGCAAGGUAGUGAUGGGCAGCUGUUUAGGCUUUCUGGUUCUCAGAGUCCUGAAGUCCUGCAAUCCGACAGUGGAACUUUAAACUCGUCAAGGGAAACAAAUGGCAGCAGUUCAAACAUAUCCGGGUCAGAGGUGUCAAGUAUGUACUCUAGGGGAGAUCUUGAUCGCUUUUCAAUCAAUCAUCUCGGUCACUCUUUGCACUCUCUGUCAAACAUGAUGGACAGUGCACGUGGUAUGGUCAUUCCGACCAAAUGGGUUGCAGCAGGAGAUAACCGCUGCAACCUCAAAGUUUGAUAGCAAGGGAAAAGAUGGGGUUGGUGCUAACUCCACUGCAUCAUCCCCAUCUACUCCGCAACCAGAUGGAGAAGGUUUGUUGCAGUUCUGUUACGGUUGUUGCAACAGGCUUUUGGGUCUACGAUUGUCCUGCCCCCAUUUGGUUGCUAUCAAAAGGCAAUUCAUCCUUGGCUCAUGCGGAAAGGUUUUCCUGCCAUUCGAUGCAGUCAUCCUGUUCGGGCGGCUUGUGAAAACCUUGAAGCAGCAUAAAUUAAUCAGUAAAUUAUUAUAUACGAUUGUCUGGUGUGUGUUUGUGAUCUAAAACUAGGAAAAUUUGUUCUGUAAUAAUCUAAUAUCUGGAUUUUUGACCUAUUUGGGGUAAUGUAUAAGUGAAUGUUUGUGUUGUAUUCUGAAUGUUUGGAAGAAUAAUGUAUUAUAUCUUAAGACA